AUGGCAACUCUUCUCCUCACCAAUUUUAUCAACUCUACACCGGAAAUCAUGGAAAGUGAUGAAGAAAUUUUACUGAAAAAGAUCAAAUUCGGUUUAUUUCUUUCAUUUCAAAUUCCAUCGAUUAUUUGUCAUCUUUUUCUUAUUUACCAUCUCAUUCAUGAUCGUUUAUUACGCGUCGCUCUUCGCAAUCAUGUCAUUUUAGUCUUACUCAUUCUCAACUUUUUACUGGUCACCAUUGAUCUAUCCAUAGUACUUGAUUUUCUUUAUAUUGGUUACAUUCGGGAAAAGACUGUGCAGGUUUGUCAAACAUGGAAUCUUCUCGAUUCAUUUCUUUCGAAUUCUUCUUCGUUUCUUAUGCUAUGGGCUUCAAUCGAACGACACAUUAUCAUAUUUCAUGAUCGUCAAUUUCAUAACACUCAACUCAAACGAAUUCUUCUUCAUUACACUCCUUUAGUUAUUAUUUUCAUAUAUACAUUUAGUUUCUAUAUUGUGGUCAUAUUUUUCUAUUCGGGUUGUUCCAAUGCAGCACAUUUUCGAUCUGAUGUCAUGUUUUGUGGGAAAGCAUGUUAUGUUCAUCAAAAUGUAACACUUUCCGUCUUUGAAUUAACAACGCAUCGGAUUCUAUCUUCGAUGUUGAUUUUUGUCUUCAGUUUUGCUCUAGUGGCUCGGAUUAUAAUCAGGAAACUACGACGACAUCAACGUGUUCGCUGGCAACAACAACGGAAAAUGACUGUUCAAUUUCUUUGCAUAUCAAUUUUAUAUUUUCUUGGCACUUUACCCCCAGGUGUAGGCGAACUGCUGCAUGUGUUGAGUGGCGAACGGACUGAUGGACAUGAAAGCGAAGUACAAGAAGAGAUUUUUCUUUAUUUAUUCUAUUUUACAUCGUUACUAUUGCCUUUCGUUUGUCUCAUGUCAUUGCCGGAAGUUUACGCGAAAUUAUUCUGUUUGAAAAGACGAAAUAGAGUGGAGAAGGGACCGUCAGUCGAAGGCCGUGACCGAGCAUAG